GCUUGCCAAAGAAAAAAGCAAGUUUUAUACCAAAUGCAGAGUCACUGAGUCUCUCAGCACAAAGAAAUCUCAGUGGACCUUUUGUUUUAACGCCAUGUGGAUAAAAGAAAUUUUUCUCCAGUGUUUCACUUCUGUCUUCUUCUUGGGGGCUCUUACAGUCUUCCUGCUCAUCUAUUUCAUCUCUUCUUCCAGUUUCAGUACCCAGAAAUAUGGGAGGGAGCCUCCAGGACCCAGACCUUUUCCCUUGCUCGGAAAUCUGCUACAGAUGGACCUGAAAAGGCCCUACAAAACAUUACUGGAGUUAUCCAAGAAAUAUGGAUCAGUCUUCACCAUCUAUCUGGGAACAAAAAAAGUGGUGAUCCUGGCAGGAUACAAAACAGUGAAGGAGGCACUUGUAGACCAUGAUGAAGUGUUUGGAGAGAGAGAUCCAAUGCAAAUUAUGCGUGAACUUGCUCAAGGACAUGGGGUUAUUUGGUCCAACGGUGAUUCAUGGAGAGAAAUGAGACGCUUCACACUGACUAACCUGAGAGACUUUGGGAUGGGAAAGAGAGUGUGUGAGGACAAAAUAAUUGAGGAAUGUCAACAUCUCAUUGAGGUUUUUAAGAAACUCAAAGGAGAAGCUUUUGAUACGACCCAACCAAUCAACUGUGCAGUCUCCAAUAUUAUCUGCUCCAUUGUCUAUGGCAGCAGAUUUGAAUAUGAUGAUUCAGAGUUUACAUCUCUGGUAGAUCGAACAAGCAGAAGAAUUAAACUUCUUGGAAGUCCUUCAAUCCAGAUUUUUGAGACGUUUCCAUCUCUCUUCAAGUGGGUUGCUGAGAGGAGUGAAAUACACAAGAUAUAUGCUGCCAAUAAGAAACAAAACCAAGUCAUCUUCAGUCAUUUAAAAGAGACUCUGAAUCCACAGAUGUGCAGAAGCUUUGUGGAUGCCUUUCUGGUCCGCAAGCAAAAUCUGAAGGAAUCUGUGAUUACCAACAGUCACUUCCAUGAUGAUAACCUUGUGGUAACAGUCAUGGAUCUUUUUUCUGCCGGCACUGAGACAACAUCAACUACACUGAGAUGGGGACUUCUGUUUAUGGCCAAGUAUCCAAAGAUACAGGAUGAGGUCCAGGAGGAGCUGAGGAGGGUCAUAGGAGAUCGCCAGGUGCAGGUUGCUGACAGGAAAAACCUGCCCUUCACUGAUGCCGUCAUCCAUGAGACGCAGAGACUGAGCAACAUCGUACCCUCUGGAGUUCCUCACAAAACCACCCGAGACAUCACUUUUCAGGGUCAUUUUAUUGAGAGGGGAACCACAGUGUUUCCUCUCAUGACAUCUGUCCUGCAUGAUCCCAGCGAGUGGGAGAGACCACACAUCUUUUAUCCUGCACACUUCCUGGACAAAGAGAAAAAGUUUGUCAAGCGCGAUGCCUUCAUUCCAUUUUCUGCAGGUCGCAGGAUUUGUCUCGGAGAGAGUCUGGCCAGGAUGGAGCUCUUCCUCUUCUUCACCACCCUCCUGCAGCAUUUUCGUUUCACUCCUGCACCUGGAGUUUCAGAGGAUGAAUUAGAUCUGAUGCCCAGUGUGGGCCUCACUCUCAGCCCUUCACCUCACAAACUGUGUGCUGUUUGCCAAAUGUAUGUGUCCUCCAUCAUUGUGGUUGUUUGAGGGCUCCAGAAAGAAAAAUGAUGACCACUGUGAACGGGAGUGGAAAGAAGAGGAAAAAGGGAGCUCAAAGGACAAUUUCAGGCUUGGAGAUACAAGAGGCCUUGUCAUGCUGACAACAUGAUGAUGGAUAUGCA